AUGUUUUUAAAAGCUAAAUUAUUAUUAGUUUUUCUAAGUUUAACGAAAACAAUUUUCGCUCAAAAAAUUGACUAUUGUGAUAAGAAGAUGUGUCCGCAUCAAGGAAUUCAUGUGGCCUGCAAUAAAACAAAAAGUUUUAGUAAAGAGUGUGAAGGUGAAAAGAAAUUGGAAAAUAUGAAACCCUACAUUAAUAUGAUUCUGGAUGAACACAACAGUUAUAGAAACCUAGUGGCCUCGGGAAAGGUUAAAUGUUUCUAUCCAGCUGCAAGAAUGCCGUUAUUGAAAUGGGAUUGGGAUUUAGCGGAGACAGCUGAAUACAAUGUUAGAUCAUGUGUAUUUGCACACGAUCAGUGUCGUAGCACUAAAAAUUUUCCCAUGGCUGGUCAAAAUAUUUAUAUGGCCAAAACGAGUCGUAUCAAUGUAACCGUGGAGGGUUUUAUCAAAGAAGGCAUAUUUUUAUGGUUUGAAGAACAAUUUGAUGCGGAUAAUGAAGUUUUACAGUCCUAUAAGAAAACCACACCCCAAACGGGACAUUUUACAUUGCUGGUAAAUGAUCGGCAUAAUCGUGUAGGUUGCGCUUUUCUAAAUAAUUUACAGACUCCAGACAAACGCCACAUCAUCUUUACUUGCAAUUAUUCUUCGACAAAUAUACGUGGAUUACCCAGUUAUAAACCGGGUCGAGCGGGCUCCAAGUGUAAAAAACGUAAUGCCAAAUAUAAAGCAUUAUGUGAAGAUCAGAUAGAUCCAAAUGAUUUAACUUGGUAUAAAGAUUAG